AUGGGUGCUCCUCUGUAUGUCAACAACUAUUCAUGUCCUGAUCCAAGCGCGGUGCCUGGGGAGGUCUACAGCAACUACCUGGGCACUUUCUGUCACAAGGGAUAUGCUAGCAGAUGGUCUGCUUGCAGCCUCACGUCAACGGCCGACAGGUGCUGCGGGGUAUUCAACGGCGGUGCGAACGAUUACCAGAAAUACCCUUUCCCUGACUACUACUACGACAAGGCCCAGCAGCACUUAGCAGCAGGAGCUGACUUCGAG